UCACGGGUUUUCCUUCCUAAUUUAGGCCUUAGAAAGUAGGCCUCGCCUCCUCUGCGAAGAUCUUCGUAAUUCCCUUCUUGAACAGUGAUAAUUUUAUUCUCGAAUUGAGGUUUUCAUUAAAUGGUCGUCAUGGGAAUCCAGGGAUUUAAUGUCCCAACGAUUCCUCCUGACCUCCGCAGAGAGGAGACAAUACACCACAUUGCAGAUGCCCUUGAAUAUUUAGAUAAGGUAGCAAAUGAAGUGUUUGCUAGAAUCGGCAAGAGGGUGACAGAAAACAAGGCACAUUUGCAAAAGAUUAACGACCGAGUUAAUGUGGCUGCAGCUCGCGUGGACAAACUCAAGGGAAGCAACAAAGCGACGAAAGUUUUUGCCUGUGCCAAGUACCCUGCUGAGGAUCGUCUGCAGCCAUUCAGCGCAGUUUUCACAGACACCGAUGGUCUCAGAGAAAUCAAACAUCAUCAUUUCAAAGUGCAGGAAAAGCAUCCUGCCGUAGAUGAGCAAGUUCUGCGGGAAAAGCUACAAUUUUACAAUGUUCACCUCAGUAUACGCGCUCGGAAAGAUCAAAGUCAACAAGGUGAAGGUUUAGGAGGCCUGCCCAGUGAUGUUCCAUCUGUCAGCUCUUUGCUUCUGUUCAACACCACAGAGAAUCCUUACAAGAAGUAUGUUAUGUUGGAUCCUCUUGGUGUGGUUACGAAGACCAGGGCUGCUAUUGAAGAAGAAGAAGCUGGGAUGGCCGAAGCUCCUUCAACUAUCAUACACAAUGAAGAAAUGUUCAGAGCUGCUGCAGAGAAUUUCUUGUACAUGCCAGAAUUGGGUACUGUUCCAGAAAUUGCUGUUCCGGAGCUCCUUCCAAAUCUCCCAGGGGUUGCCGACGACUUGGCCUUCAGUGCUGACCAGGGCCCCUCCAUUGCUCCGUCUGUGAUGGGUUCCAACAUGCCUGACCUCCCGGCAGUGGGGCCAGAACCAGAUGCUGUUCCUGCCGGUCCCACCUCUGCAGGAGGCCCAGCAGAUGCUAGUGGCCCACCACCCCCACCACCCUCUGGGCCCCCUCCUCCGCCCCCUCCUCCUGGCCCACCUCCCCCACCCCCGGCUAACGUUCCUACUGAGGUAGCGACACCUGGCGGUGGUCGCCAGAGUUUGCUAGACUCCAUCGUACAGGCUGGAGGGGCUGCAGGAGCUGGUCUGAAAUCAGCCAAGGAUAGAAAGCACACACAGAAGAAGAAGAAGCAGGAGGAGAAAGAUCAGGGUCAGGCAGCACCCAGUGGAGGGGGAGGAGGAGGAGGCGAUUUGAUGAGUGAUUUGUUCAGCAAAUUAACUAUGCGCAGGAGAGGUAUUUCCGGAACUCCUAAGGGAGGUGAGAAGUCAGACGCAGGUGGUGGUGGUGGUAGUGGUGCAGGAAGUGGUGGUGGCGGCUCAGCCAUGGAUAAGAUAUCCUCAAUGAUUCCAGCACCUCCUAAAAACAAUGCCCCGCCACCUCCAGCAGAUGAUGAUGAUGAUGGUGAUGACUGGGACUAAGUAUCUUCUUGUAAAGACAAGGAAUUUUCCUGACAUGAGGAUGGGGAAGUGAUUUGGUGUAAGAUUAUUUGGUGUAAUCUUUCAAAUGAGAUUAAUAACUCGUUGGUGCUUACUGUCAGUGUGGGAGUCCAAGAAAACAUGUGAUUUGAGAGUUUUCUUUUGUGAUUUAUAUUUUUAUUUUUGGAAAAAGUUUUUUCAAAUUGACUUCUCGUUGUAAGAAUUUGUGAUUUGUCACUUUUCAAAACGGUGUAUUGCCGAAUCUUACAGCAGUGGAAUUUUAUUUUGCUGCAGAGAUAAAUACCCAAACAUCAGGAUGAUUAUUGUUUUAUGUAAUUGUAAUGAGUGUUUUUGUUUUUUGUAAUAAAGGCUCGCAAGUUCUGAAAUUGUUGUAAAUCUCUGAAAGUACUGUGUGGACUAAUAAGACCUUGGAUGAAAAAAAUGUAAAAGUCAAUGCUUUUAAAAAGGUCCUAUGGAGAAAAAUGUUAACUUUUAGAAUUGAUAGCAAAAUUUUGAUAGUUUGAGGUAUUCAAUGCUUUCACCUUUCACAUUGAGUGGUUGUAGUAGGUACCACAAACUGAAAUUUCGAAGUCCUCUGAUUUUAUAUUUAACUGCACUACCUUAUAGAAUUUAUCAUUCUGAGCAUUUUGAUACCAAAUUUAUACAUAUAGCUUCAUUUUUAACAAAGUUAUGAACAUCUGAAGUUGCAGAAAAAUGUAAGUUUUUUAAUUGCGAAAUGUCUACACUUUGAGAUGUCACAACAUUCUUAAAUUUAAAUGGACAUUCAUAAAAACUUGUAGACACACACCUAUGCACAUAGAGAACAAGCUCAAUUUUUUUUCAGGGCUAUCAAAUAACCAGAAGAUGGAAAUUUAUUGACGUAAACAUGGCUUUUUGACCAAAACGGCAAGAAAUACAAGGGGAGGUUAAAAUCACCACUCGCGACCGCCGGCUUAUCGGCUGCGGGCCGGGCCGCGCUGAAGGGAAGGAGAGAGAAUUUAUACGAAACCGGGGCGAUGGUGCCCUGCUUGCGAGCCGACGGGGAGCAUCCGGUGUUUAUUUGCAUAUAAUGGCUAUGUUAUUCUUGAAGAGGAAUGAAUGGGCUUUCUGCAGAUAUAUUUCCGUAGUCUGUCUGAUCACUGGUUCCAUAAAAAAACAGCACCGAAAGUUUUCACACACAAAUCUCUUCUAUUAAUUCUUUAAGGACAGUCUUUAGAAAUAUAUCACCGGAAAGAGCGUCUUCUCAUCUUGAAGUAUCGACGAAUCAGAUUGCAGUAUUUAAUACCAUACGCUCCCCGUUCCUGUUCAACGGAGGUCACUCUAAAAAUCAAUACACGAAACGCGUGGCCGCUGCGGUGAAAACCUCGAUAGUGUUGUCUUUUAUCCCGCAAGAUUUUGCUUUCAAAAGAAUCGUUUAUUCAAAUAAAUAAUACCACUAAAAAGAGGAAAAGCUCCUCUUUCUUCUGAUAUAUCAAGUGUCUGUGUGUAUGCAUGAUCACACUGUGUUUUAGGAGGGUAAAAAUAUGGGUUUUGGUCUCCGUGACAGUGCGCCAAGGGGGCGCACGGCCAGUUUGCGGUACCUACUUGUAGCAAUUUUCCUCUGUAAUUAUACUUAUUCUGACAUUCCAAAAAGUAGAUUGAAGCAAAGUGCCAUUAACUUUUUUUUUUUCAAAUACUGGUCUUAUGACUUCUUCCUCUUCUUCCCAGUCACACAGAUUCAGUGUUGCUGAUACCAGUUGACUCUGCUAAUCAUCUGAAUUUGUGCUGUUUUUCCCAGUUUAUUGACUCACAUUUCUUAUUUUGUCACUCAUAGUGGAAUGAAAGUGUGCAAAUGUUAGAGUUGCAUUAUUUGCUCUCUGUUGAGCAGCAAGACCAAAAUUUUAGAGUUUUUAAUUUGACCUUUAGCUCUGCAAAGAAAGAUUUAGGCAGAGCCUUCUUUAUUCUUUAUACUUAUACAGUAAAGAAACCUAGGAUAGUUUAAACUUUGCUAAAAGACUCGUAUAACAGCUGUUCCAUUGCUUUGGGUGCAAUUUGUUGUAAGGUGCAGAAACUGCAGGCCUUAGUUUUUAGUAUAGUGUUAUUUUUGCCAGGGACACAUUGUAUCACCAAGAAUCUUCUGAUCUUUUGUAACGCAGGGUUCAGAAAAAAAGGGUAGCUAGGUUCAUGCAACUAUUUGGGCGACUUGUAUAUUUUAGAUCUUUUUACUCUUUGAGAAUGCAGCAGACACACGUAUGUCCGGUCACCAGCAGAUUGACUCUCUGUCUGAACCUUUCACUUUUUUUCGUGAGUUUAACUGUUGAAAGGAAGAAGUUACAGAACGACAGUCUGUUCUCCACCAUUUAAAGGGUAGAAUAGUUCAAGUGUUUUAUAAUGCCCAAUGAUUAUUUUCAAAUUAAUAGAAUUUUGUAUCGCUAAUGGCGUCAUGAAAUUGAGGUGUGCAUAAUGAUGUCUUUAGCGUACUGCUAUGGAAGAUUAAGUUAGGAGUUAGGCUUGUUCAAAUUGCUACAAAAGCAAAAUAAUCAAGGGCUAUUGUUUCAACAUUUUGCUUUCCAAAAAUAUUGUGAUUGUUAUGUUGAAUUUUGCCUUGUUGGCUGAAAUGCAUAUAUAAUAAAUCAAGUGGAUUUGAUACAACUG